AUGCGCCUAGCUAGCACCUCUAAAUCCCCAUCCCAUAAUCGACCUCACCGAGAACCCGAGGAUCGUCGUCCCAUCUGUGAGAUACCAAGCACGAUUAUAUCGAACAUGAUGGCCAACCUGCCUCCGGACCUGCUCUACCUCAGACAAAUAAUUAAAUUUAAAAGAAUCAACCUACACCACAUUCGUGAUCUUAUACCAGUUAGCUGGGUUCGACUCCCAGACAGAGAGUUAGCCUACGCAUAUGGAUUUUUUCUCUUUACCGACUCGCGUGUGGCGAUGGGAGGAGGGAGAAAUUUGUUUGGAUUUGAGCUCCGAUCAGUGGUAGCCGAAGAUAUUGUUGGCUCUCCUUACAAGUUGUAUCCGACCAACAUCUCGUCAGUUACGGAGUUUGAUCAGCCUCGCACCCGAAAGCGCUUAUGGCUAGGGACUUGCUGUGUACCUUUUGAGAAUUGA